CUUUUGAAAAAAAUAUUACCUUUAGCUAUUUGACUGGAAAUCUUCAGAUAUUGAAGUACUAUAUUUCAAGUUUGUCUUAGUUAGUGGCUUAGUUUUAGACUCACACUGGCCGGUGAAGUUAAUUAUUCUGAAAAAAUAACAAAAAAAUCAUCUGAUAAAAGAAGUAAUGGUAAAGUUAUUUAUGUUUCUUUUAGAAUCAAGAUACACAUUAAAAAAACAACAACAACAUUAGACUACCUUCUGUUGAUUUUAGGCCCUAUCGACUACAUAAUAUAUAUUAUUAAUUUAUAUUAAUAUUACUAUUAGAUACUAUUACUAAGUUACAUUAUGUCAUUAUCAUCUAAACUCUAAACUAAUGUCGAGAGAUCAUCCCGUGACGUCAUUUGCGUGUUUAUUAUAGUUGCAGUGAAUUAAGGUUUAGGUUAGGUUGAAGGAUUGAUUUAGGGUUCAGGUUAGGCAUAGCCGCAUACUCAGCCGCAUAGUUUAGGGAUACAUUAGUGACAGAAUUAUCUGAUUGUCAAUCAAGAUGGCGGUCAUCGCGGGACGACCUCUCAACUUUUACCAUCAUCUGACAUCUCAUCAACGUUGUGUUGUUUCCGAUCAUUGAUUUUCAUAUUCUUCAUCAUUGUCAUCAAUGGAUUGAGUGCCUCGGUUCAAAAACAAGCUUUAAAAAGUUCAAAGUGAGAGUAGACUCAAUUAGACUUGCUAAGUUAUUGUUCAGUGCAUCCACUCAAUGUCAAGAGUGGGGUGAAAGUGAAGGCACUCACAUUUAUUUCAACAAUCAUAAUCAUAUGUAGAUUAUCAUAAUCUUUAGAGUUAAGAUGAUAGUAAAAGGCCAUGAAUGGCCAAGGCCUCAUUAGGCAAGGACAAGGGGCAAUCCAUAUAUGACAUUAUAAUUACAUAUAUUAUGGAUGGCCCCUUGGCCAUUCAUUGGGUUUCAUAUCUCAAGUUCAUUCACACAUUCAUAUGAUGUAAUCUGAAUAACUGAACACAACUCGUAUUUCAAGAACAAACAACAUUUUUAUCUCAGACUCAGUCAUCUGGUCUUACAAUAAUUAAAACACAUAUAAUGCAGUUUGCUAGUUAAAAAUAAUACAACCUUCUCACUCAAUGCUCAGGCAGCAACUGCCAAAAUGAAUAGUACUCACUCAACGACAGUCAUAGACACAUGAAAAUCAUGUCACAAUACAUCACAUGCCUCAUCAAAAGUGUUCAUCAACAAAACUAACACACAAGACUCACCGUGCAAAAUAAAACAAGACAUUUUAUGAUUUUGUGCACAACAAUUACAAAUGAAUAUCCAUAUUUUAGCAUCCUAUUUUUAAGUCUUUAUGAUUAUGUAUUAGUAGGGUCUUUUAAAUUUUGUCACGAAUUUAUGAUGAUGUGAGGAGGGGGUAGAAAUUGGCAAAAAUAAUAUGAAGCCUUAAAUUUAAAAUACCAGAAUAUCUAUUCUAGGCUAUAAUAGGCUUUGUCAUAGCAGACUUAUCACAGGUAGUAAGAUAGGCCUAUUUGGUACCAAACAGUCAAAACUAACAAAAGUGAACAUGACUAAUUCCCCAAAGAUUACACCGAUUUUUGUUUAAAGUUACACAGAAACUAUGUAAUGUUGACAUUAUAACUUCUAAUAUUUAUUUAGUUGUGUUGAUUAACUUGAUUUUUUUUUUUUUACUUAAAUUAAAAAAAAAAAUGAAUAUUUAUAAUAUAUAUGAUUGUGCACUAUAUACUAUUCCUCCUCCACAAGGGAAGAUGACCAAGGCUUCAGUAGUUGCCUUGACUGGAGCUGUAUUUUGUUUUCAGUUAGGGAGAGUUACUCAGUUCAUCAACCUCACUCUCUCAUCCUUGCAUAUUUGAUCCAAUGUCAAGACUGAGUCAAAAUGAUUGAAAAUAGACCAUAAUGCAGUAGAAGACCAGUGUUUAAAAAAAAUGUUUUUCACUGUGCUCUUUAUGCUUCCACGAUACUAAAGUUGUCAGAAUUUUCUUUGUGUCAAUAUCAUGCCACCUACUGGUUUGAUUUCAGAGUUUGCCUGCUCUGAUAUGAGUUGUCAUCCAAGGUUAAUAAUUAAUAAGUCCCAUCCACCCAGGGUGCUGGUGUUGUUUUUGCUAGUCUAGGCUUUUGCUGAGGAUUGGACUCCAGUCCACAAGCUUGGGUUUGACUCAGUUUAGGCCACCCAUCACUAUAUAUAUCACAUUAAAAAAUAUAGGCUAAGUAAAAAAAAAAUAUAGAUCUAGACUAAAUGACAAAUUUAUUUGUGAGAAAAAAUGUAACUGAAAAAAAACAAGCCUAAAAAUAUGUCAUUUAUUGCACAAAAGUCAAUAUUCACAAGAUUUAUAAAAAGUAUAAAAGAUGAAAGGUUGAAUGCUUUAAGCUUGUAGGUUAUUAAUAAGCAUAUUACACAAUUAUUUUCGAUUUUUUAGAAAGUUUGAAUCGUUAGUCAAACACAAGAACACAUAACCUACUAUUAUAGGUUUAAUGAUCACUAAUGAAGUCAUUAUUGUAAGUUCAUUGAUGGCUGUUUUCUAUGGUAGAGAAAUACUUAAGAUGUCUUGUGCUUAAAUUGUUGUAAUUGUAAUAUGUUGUUUUGGUUAAAAUAUGUAUUUAUUUAUGUGGUGAAAAUGAAAUGUACAAUGUAAUUUUUUUUAAAAUCCAUUUAUGUGGAUCAAUAAAAAGUCUUAUCUUCUCUACUUUGCUGCACAUUUUACAACAACAUUUGGAAGGCAAAACUAGUAUGUUACUGUUAUUUUGGACUGAUCAGUAUAUUUAAAUGUUGCAGGAACAAACAUUUUUUUGGGCCUGUAUUUUAAGAACAGUCUAUUGUGACACAGCCCUGGAAUAACAAUCAUUGAUCCUGCAGAUCAUUGUUAGAUACGUGAUGAAAGCAUCUACUUUAAUAUGUUUAGAAAGUGACUUUUUUUUUAAGGAGAACUGUACGAAAAUGUUACUAUUAUAAACCCUUGUGUUACCCAUACACAGCCACAAUGCUUUCAAUUAUUAGAAUUAGUUUUUAUAAAAGUUAAGUAAGUCUUCCACACAACAAGGUGAUGUAUAUAUUUUAAUGCAUUGCCAUUUCAAAUCUUUUGUAGAUUAAUGAAACAUAAACAAUUUGUGUAAAUAAAACAAUAUACAUUCAUCAGCUUUAAUAAUAAUUUUACAGAAGGCAAAUGUAAAUGUUUCAGAAAAUGCCUUCAUCAGUACAAAAAAAAACAUUAAAAAAAAUUCAUACAAGCAUAAAUUAAAUUUACAUAAUCUAUAUAUUAUAAACGAAUCAUACUUAAAAAUGAGAGAAAGAAAAAGCGUGGGCCCAAGUCCCUGACAAAAACAAAGUUCAGAAGAAUGGAAAGGAAGUGAGCGGAAGUAUAAUUUAAAAACUAAACAGGAAAAAGACAUGGCAGCUAUGUAAAAUUGUGGAUUUGGUUUAUACCAUGUGGAGUCAAAUCUUUUGUAUUUUGGAUGUUUAGCAAUCUGUUGAUUUACUUUAUGACAUGCUUGCAAAAGUGGACCAUUCUUAAAUUCGACACAUGGCCUAAAGAUAUUGAAAGGGAAACAAAUUGAUACAUACAAUCUUAGAUUUAGAUGUGAAUUUGAGACUUUUGAUCUUAUAAACAGAACAAAUUCAAGAACCGUUGACUCUUACAUUUUUGUUGUUGAAAUGAUUGAUUUCUUGAAAAUUAUCUGCCACUGUACAUUUGUCACUUACAUUUAUCAGUAACAUUUGUCACUUAUAUUUUUAAGAAACAUGCGAAAUUGUCAGAUACAUUUGUCACAGACAAUUUCAGAUACAUUUGUUACAUUCAUUUGUCGCAUUCAACAUCACAUACAUUUGGUGUAAAACCUUCUGCAUCUAUCAUUACUAAUUUCAACAGAAGUUAUUAAACUACAUUUGAGCUGUAUAUGACUGCUUAGCAUUGUAACUAGGUACAAACGAAUCAGUUGAAAUAGAAUAAAAAAUAAUGUAUUUAAUAUCAUUUAAAUUUGACAUUGAAAAGGACCAACACAUUUAAUUCUAGUCUUAUUAUGUUGAAAGUACAACAUUUAAUCAAUAGCUUUACUCUACAAUGUCUCCCAAUGUUAAUUAUCUUCUCUUCAUCAAGGCUCCAGGCGCUGACCAAGCAGCAGGUUGGGGCCUUGUUUCUCUUGCUGGAUUUAUAUUCACCUAUUAUUCCAUCUGGGUGAUCAUACUGGUGAGAAGUGUGUCAUGUCACUUUUGCUUGUAAGAAGUGUGUCAUGUCACUUUUGCUUGUAAGAAGUGAGUCAUGUCACUUGUGCUUGUAAGAAGUUUGUGAUGUCACUUGUGCUUUAUAAGACAUGUGUCAUGUCACUCGUGCUUGCAUGUUAACUCAAAUAUUGUCCUUCGUGAAAAGCAGACUGGUAAUAAGGGGGGAAAGACUGCAAUCGGUUAGAGAGAAGGAAAUGAGCGAAACCAAGUAUGGGAAAACCUAGAGAGAAAGAAAAUUACACAAUAAAGCAACUGACGUGUCAGCAAGAAGCCUUCAUCAGCACACAAACAACAGUAAAAACAGAAUUAAAUAAAAAUAAUUUUACACUUACCUGUAACGGAGUAUCCGAGAGAACAGCAUUCCUCUUGUUUGUUUAGGUCUUUUAGCUUGAUUAUUUUUAUUUUCUUGAAAACUUAAUUUCAAGCAAUCUGAAUGCUGGCAUAUAUAAUUUCUCUCACCUGUUGCAAUUAAAAAAAACAAAACAUUUUUCCAUUGCUACUUUAAUAUCAUUGCAUUAAUGGUUUAUCUGCCUUUUUAAUGUUUUCUACUCCUCAGCCUUUUGUGGAUCCAGACCAGCCAAUUCAUAGUUAUUUUCUUCCCCGAGUUUAUGCCAUAGCAGCCCCACUUUUAGCUGGUGUUGUGGCGCUAUUUUUGAUUGGUAAGUUAAAGAUGGCGCUAUUUUUUAUGCGUAAGUUAAAGAUGGCACUAAUUUUGAUGGAUAAGUUAAAGAUUGCGCUAAUUUAUAUGGGUAAGUUAAAGAUGGCGCUAUUUUUUAUGGGUAAAUUAAAGAUGGCGCUAAUUUUGAUGGGUAAGUUAAAUAUGGCACUAUUUUUUAUGGUUAAGUUAAUGAUUAAUUUCAGAGAAGGCCCAAUAAUUCUUUGUUAAAAUUAUCCUGUCCCAAUUUUUAAAAAAAAAUUGUAAAUACAAUCAUGUAGAUGACAUUGAAAUAUUUUUUUUCUUCUAAUUGACAUAUGCUCUCAUUAUUCGCUGAAUUUACGUAUUUUUUAAAUGUGUUACAGAUAUUUCUGUGGUUUUAUUUCGCUGAUCAAGUCAUUACAAUGAAAUAAAAUCAUUCUGAAAUCUUUUUAUUCUCAUGUUUAUUAAUUUAUUCAGUAAUAAAAAUAUCAGUCACUAAAUGGAGUGAUCUUUUAACAAGUGAUUCUUCAGCUGCCAUCUUGUUUCAUUACUUGAACUGUUUUUUUUGGGUGUGUUUUUUGUGUGUUUGUGGCUUUUCACAAUCAAUAUUCUUCUUAGUUAAAAUAUUGUGUUAACCAUUGGAGGAUGUUUUAUGUUCAACUUGUACAAAAAGAAUAUGACUGUGAAAUGUGUGACUUCAAGCUGCAUUCUUUAAAAAGAUCCACAAGAUUUUAUAUUUAACUUGUUUGCUACAUUUUUUUUCAGCCUGCUUUGUUCUGUAUGUGACCGUUGCUCCAAAGAAAGAAAAGAAGAGUUGAUAAUCUCAUACAAACGUUUAAUUACUGUAAAUUUCUGUGUAAUCUCCCCCUGCCUUCUUGAUUAUUUAUUGCUACUGUGCCAGACUCAAAAUAAAAUUAAAAAACCUCAUGAAAACAAAACUUUUUUUCUUUUUAUUUUCAGUCUAAAUUUCAAAUUUGUUUUUAUUUUUGAAUUGCUGUUGUUAUGCUAAAUGUUAGGUCUGAGGUGUGCAAAAUCUCAACACCUCUGCUUUAAUUUGUGAAAGUUUUAACAAUUUUAUUUGGAAACAAAAGCCUCCAUUUAAGAACAUAAUGAAUUAAAAA